CGACGACCCCCGAGAAGGAAAACUGAGAACUGAAGAAAGCCAGGGGGCACCUGGCUGUGAGCUGUCACUGCUGCCCCGCGUCUCUUCCACCGACCGACGCUCUCACCCGCAGAGGCGGAUCUGACUGCGAGGACCGAGCCGCUCAGCUGAACCCCCCCACACCCACGCCACCUCCAAGACCCAUAGACGCGCGCGCUUCAGGCUUAAGCAGCCCUCCUCAUAUUCGGUCAGGUCUAGCACAUUGCUACCUCUGAUCCAUCCAAAAUGGCUCCUACUCUGGCCACGGCCUUCUCCCGCCGCUGGUGGAUGGCGGUUACAGCAGUCAUUGAGAACCUGCUUUUCUCUGCUGUGCUUCUUGGCUGGUCGUCCCUGCUCAUCAUGCUCAAGUCAGAGGGCUUCUACUCUUACCUGUGCAAAGGACGAGAAAACAGCUCCAGCUUCAACUUCUCCAACACAUCCACCCCUGCAGCCAAAGGUGCAGAAGAAGAGUACUUGGAAAUGAACAGCUGGCCCAUCUGCAAAGACCAGGAUGAGAUGCUCAACCUGGCCUUUACUGUGGGUUCCUUCUUGCUGUCAGCCAUAACUCUGCCCCUGGGUAUUAUCAUGGACAAAUACGGGCCGCGGAAGCUGCGACUGUUGGGGAGUGCCUGCUUUGCCUUCUCCUGUCUUCUCAUCGCCUAUGGUGCCAGAGACCCCAACAAUCUGUCCAUCCUGAUCUUCUUCGCAUUGGCAUUGAAUGGGUUUGGAGGCAUGUGCAUGACCUUCACUUCACUGACGCUGCCCAACAUGUUUGGAGAUCUGAGGUCGACCUUCAUUGCCCUGAUGAUUGGAUCCUAUGCUUCCUCUGCUGUCACUUUCCCUGGCAUCAAGGUGAUCUAUGAUCUGGGUGCCACAUUCAUCUCCAUCCUUCUGGUUUGGGCCGGCUGUGCCUGCCUCGUCUUCUUGAACUGCUUCAUUAACUGGCCUUUGGAGCCCUUCCCUGGCCCAGAAGACAUGGACUUCACGGUGAAAAUCAAAUUCAGCUGGCUGGGAUUUGACCAUAAGAUCACCGGGAAGCAGUUUUAUCGGCAGGUGACCACAGUGGGACGCCGUCUGAGCGUAGGCCAUGCCAUAAAGCAGCAGGAGGCACCCUCCAAAGAGCUGUCCACACAAGAGGCCAACAAGCUGUGCCUGUCCACCGUUGACCUGGAGGUGAAUUGCAAGAGUCAGGAGGAAACUCAGAGCUUCAUGAAGAGUAUCUUCAGUCCCAUCUUCUUGCUGAGCCUUAUCACCAUGUGUGUGACUCAGCUGCGCCUCAUAUUCUACAUGGGAGCCAUGAACACUAUCCUGGAGUCCCUAACAGGCAGAGACCUCAGCACAGUGGAGAGGAUGGAAGUGGUGAGCGUGUACACCUCCAUCUUUGGCGUGCUCCAGCUCCUGUGUCUGGUCACCUCUCCUGUCAUUGGCUACGUCAUGGACUGGAAGCUUAAAGACUGUGAGGAUGAAAACGACAAGAGCACCAAGAGAGAGCCUGGGCAGCCCCGUCGCCCUGACAAACGGAUCCAGAAGAUCGUCAAUGCCACCAGAGCUUUUAUCUUCACCAACAUACUCCUUGUUGGCUUUGGAGUCACCUGCAUCAUCCCCAACCUCCCACUUCAGGUUGUCUCCUUUGUCCUGCACACUAUUGUGAGAGGCUUCAUCCACUCUGCAGUUGGCGGGCUUUAUGCUGCUGUGUAUCCAUCCUCUCAGUUUGGCAGCCUGACAGGCAUGCAGUCUCUGAUCAGCGCUCUGUUCGCCCUGCUCCAGCAACCUCUCUUCAUGGCCAUGGUGGGACCCCUGGAGGAAGACCCCCUAUGGGUGAACGUGGGUCUCCUGGUGCUGAGCAUGCUGGGUUUCUGCCUGCCCUUCUACCUGCUGUACCACAGCCGCCAGCUCCAGCGCCUCCGAGACGAACGUGACAAAGAUCCCAAGAUCUACGUUAAGAUGAACAACGGCAGCACGCCCGAGGCCUGCGUGUAGACGGGCAUGAAGACGAUUUUUACAAAGUAGAUGAGCUACACUAAAGAUGGAGGGGACUGAGGUCACGUUACUGUGGGACAUGUGACGAACGAAUUCACUCUGAGACCGCCGCACCUCACACUCACAAAUCUUACAUUCCGCAUGCUCACACAUGCACACACUUCCACCAUCAUACUGACACCCAUAUGUGACUGAACACCACUGUGACACCGCCUUCACCCUCUCUGUGAAGAACCCCUAACACACACACACACACACACAUCCUUUCCACAUGGAGAGCUUUCAGUUCCUUGACUUCACCCGUGAACUGAGGAGAAAACUGACUAAAGGGAGAGAAAAGAAGCAGCUGCUUCAACCUCCCCAAAGGUUCCUCCUCUCUCACUUUUUUCUUCAUGUCUUCAUUUUGUAUUUCAUGCUGGUUUAGCUUCUCCUAGUCCUACUUAAGAGACCACAGGAGAAGAGGAUGCCAAAACAAAUGUUAGUGGCAGUGUUCAAAGGUUUUAGACAUUUGCUUUAUGAUUGCCCAGGAUGGUCUGGUUUUUGUUUCGGUGAGAAGAAGCACACAUACUCAGACCCACUCAGCACGGAGAUGCUGGGCCACGGCAUCUCCGUGCUCUCUUGUGCACAAGGGCAUUAACUCAAUAAGAACCCACAGACAGCAGCACUGGUAGCAGUUUAGAUGGAAACCUGGACAGGUUUGAGCUCAGCGCACGUUACAUAGCCUCAGUGUGUGCGUGACUGGGUUAGACACACACUGCACGAUGCCAGCGAUGGUGCUGGUCCUUUAUUACUGUUGCCAUUAUUUUCUUUUGUUUUGUUUCUUUGUCCAUAUGUUUGAAAUAUGUAACCUUUUUUUUGUAUUUACUUGCAAUAUGAUCUUGUGUGUUAGGUGUUUAUUUCUUUUGCAUGAUCUCAAGCUAUUAAGGUGGAAAUGAUUUUAGACAUAUUGUGUUUUCAAAGGUUGGUGUGGUAGCUAGGUGAAUUUUAGGAUCUUGAUUGGUUGUAGCAAUAAGUCUUCAGCGAGGUAUAACAUGCUGAAAUCCAGACAGACAGGACAUUCAGUGGACUGCAUUUCCAAAUCACAAAAAGGUGCUAGUUUAAUCACAGAAAUGUGUCCGUUGCAUUUGCUUUAAGGCACUGUUAAGGUCAUCAGAUUACCAACUUAAGACAUGUUCCAAAGAAUCAGUCAGAUUAUGUUUUGCUUGGUAUCACUUCUGCUCGGUCACACAAACUCUGGGAUUCUUGAAUUCACCUCUUACAGACAAAGGGAGAUUUAGCUUGAUGGUAGCAGAGUGAAAUAGACACAAUCUUCCAGCUUCUGAGGAAAGACACCAGCGUUCUGAGACUAAGUAAAGAUGGCACGGCCACGUCGAGACGCCUUCCUGACCACUCCGCUCCGACUAUCUACUUUUCUUGUUUUUUACCUAUUUUUUGCUCCACCUUGAACCUUGAACCUAAGUACAGACAAUAAAGCAGUCUUUGUCUUUCAAGCAGAAGCCCAGAACAGAAGCAUGGAAUGUGUAGACGAUGGAGCAGGGAGAUAAUAAUUCAAUCUGCUGUCCUCAAAUGUCAUACAGAGAAGCUCCUCUGACACGCCCCGCCCCCAACUUGCAGUACGGUGACAGAGGCACAUCCAAAGACAGCCUCAUGACCCUCAGAGCUCCUCACUGUGAUAGGGGUAGUGGAUCUGGGUAGCAUUUAGCCCCGCUCUUCCUCCCAUCUAGCCAUCAUCCAUUCAUCUAUCCUUUCAUCUGUGCUACCUACUCAAGCACACCUUAAAAUGUUUACUGACAGAACUGAGAGACAAAGCUCUGCAGCCAUCAUAUGCUCCCAGCGAAUGACUUCAUUAAGACAAGAACGGCACACGAUGCACUUUAGAGCCUCUAAAACGGACCUGCCUGCCCAUGUAUCUAUCACACAGUGCAUGGCUGCUUAUGGAUGGUGCAUGAUGCAAAGAAUGUAGACUGAACUUAAAAUCUAGAUUUGUAAUUUACAAUUCAGUUAUUUUUGUAUAAUGCCCUUGCUUCACACGUUCCCUUUAUUGCCUUUUUGUGCUUGGACAGUGGGGCAGAGACUCGUCUUUCAGUUCUGCAACCUUCACAGGACGAACCAGUCGCAACAAUCUCAUCCUUGAUGAGCUAAUUAAGGUUUAAAGAAUCAGUAGAAGACUGUAUGGGUUAAAGUUGGUGCAGAAAUGAUUUUAGUUGGAUGAUAGGGAAAAAGUGUGCAUUUGUAAUUAAAGGUGUUUGCAUCUCUUUAUCUAACUGAAUGGUGGCCUUUUUGGUCAUAUAUUACAAUCCUGACUGACUGUAUUUCCAUAAAUGCAGAUCUUAUUUCAUACAUCCACAUGUCUUGUUGUUUGGAGCAGUUAGCUAACACAAAAGGUAUUGGAUAUAUCAGACCUGAACAGAUCUAAAUAUUUAUCAUUCUGCCAUCUUUAUUUGUAUUUUGUAAAUUCAGAUCCACACAAAGACAACCUCUCAAUAACAGUUUUGUGCUUGUGGGAUACAACACAAUGGAUUUUUUUUUUAAUGGAAAUGUAAAGAAUGUAAAGUCAGUGCUCAUAUCUUCACUUACAAAUGUACAGUUUUAUUUGUGGUACAGUUGUCCUUCAUAUGAUUAAAGCCCUAUCUGGACUCCAUAGAGAGUGCCUCUGGUAGCAUGCUGGUGUUUCCUGUAACUUAAAGAAGUGUCCUCUGAGUACAAGCUUGUGCAGGAAUAACAUCACAUGUAAAUGUCAUGUGAAGACAGACACUUUGUGGACGAGUGAGUUUAUUUUUUUUUUCACAAACUGUAAACCAAUCAGCACUUUUCCUUCAUUGGUGUACCUGAAACACCUCACCCCAUCCUCUCGGCAUCCUCACCUUCAUAGCUUAACCCGAACCUCUGAUAAUUGGAAUUGGUUUAUUGAUCGAUGUAUUGAUGACUUAUUUGUUUUUUUUCUCAUGAUGAAUUCACAGACAACCUUUCUGUGUGUUGUGUUUUAUGUCACUGUGUACUGAUAGAAAAUCUAGAUUGGAGCUGAAACUCUGACAUUUUUUUUAUCUACCUACCAUGCUUAAUUUUAGUUUUUCUGUCUUUUAUUAUGCUUGUUUACCUCUGAUGUUUACAAGAAUGUCUUUGUAUUGUCUUACAGUGUAUGUUGGUUUUUCUUUUGUCUUGUACCACAGUAUAGCCAUUGUCUUGGACUUUCCAACAGAUGCUGUUUCAACUAAAAAAAAAAAUCAAUAUAUGAAGCAAAAUAAACAAUAAUUUGUA